GCCUCCUUUCUCCUCUCCUCCGCCUCCCAUGCUGUCAGUCAGUGAAAGCUGCAAGCGGCCGGAAGCGCUGGGAAGAUGCAGCCAAGUGCACAGCAAGCAGCGGGUGCUGGAGGAUAGACUGCAUGAAGCGGACGGGAGAGCUGUGAAGGAGCAGCAGCUGGUGGUGCAGCAUCAUUUGCUGUCAUCCAGCAGAGAGGAGAUGGAUGGAGCUGCGCUAAAUCCCACCCUGGCAUGAGAAGAGGAGGAGAAGGGGGCUCCAUCCCUGCUGGAUGUGGGAGAAAGAGACAGAGGGGGAAACGCCUACACAUCUAGGAGAUCCAGACAUCUCUCCAUAGACUGCCUUCCUUGCUGGGCAGGAGCCAGUGCCAGGCGGCUGACGUUGGCACAAUAUUGUGUUUUUUUUGUUUUUUUUUUGGCUUUGCCUUCUAUGAAUCGGUGCAAAACUUUGCAGGAUCGGGCUGAUCGAGGCGCUGGAUGAGGCUUGGGCACGUCAGAGAGCCCUCCAGGUGACGUUCUUGCAUAGGACAGCGGGAGAUCCGCCUGGAGAAAGAACAUGGCCGCAGCCGGUGGCGUGGCCGCAACCUUGGCCAGCAAGACCAAGACCAAGAAGAAACACUUUGUGGCCCAAAAAGUCAAGUUGUUCCGGGCCAGUGACCCUCUUCUCAGCGUCCUGAUGUGGGGAGUCAACCACUCGAUCAAUGAGCUCAGCCAUGUCCAGAUCCCCAUCAUGCUGAUGCCGGACGACUUCAAGGCCUAUUCUAAAAUUAAGGUGGACAAUCACCUGUUUAACAAAGAAAACAUGCCUAGCCACUUUAAAUUUAAAGAAUAUUGUCCCAUGGUCUUCCGAAAUCUAAGGGAAAGGUUUGGGAUUGAUGAUCAAGAUUUUCAGAACUCCCUGACCAGAUACGCCCCUUUGGCUAACGACUCUCAGGCUCGCAGCGGAGCUAGGUUUCACACUUCUUGUGACAAGAGGUAUAUCAUCAAAACUAUUACAAGUGAAGACGUGGCUGAGAUGCACAACAUACUAAAGAAAUACCACCAGUUCAUCGUGGAAUGCCAUGGAAACACUCUUCUCCCACAAUUUUUGGGCAUGUACCGGCUAAACGUGGACGGCGUGGAGACGUAUAUGAUUGUCACGAGGAACGUGUUUAGCCAUCGGCUUUCUGUUUAUAGGAAAUACGACUUAAAGGGAUCCACUGUGGCACGGGAAGCCAGCGACAAAGAAAAGGCCAAAGAACUGCCAACAUACAAAGAUAAUGACUUCAUCAAUGAUGGUCAGAAAAUCUACAUUGAUGAGAACAACAAAAAGAUGUUCCGUGAGAAGCUAAAGAAGGAUGUAGAGUUUUUGUCCCAGUUGAAGCUUAUGGAUUACAGCCUCUUGGUGGGUAUCCACGAUGUGGAAAGAGCAGAGCAAGAGGAUGAAGAGAGUGAGGACAACGAUGGUGAAGAAGAAGGUGAAAGUGAUGGAAUGCAACCUAUUGGCACGCCACCAGACAGCCCUGGGAACACAUUAAACAGCACAAGGCCACUUCCUCCUGGAGAGUUUGACCCAACCAUUGAUGUGUAUGGAAUUAAAAGCCAUGAAAAUGCUCCCAGGAAGGAAGUGUACUUCAUGGCCAUUAUUGAUAUUUUAACUCACUAUGAUGCGAAGAAGAAAGCAGCACACGCAGCAAAAACUGUUAAACACGGGGCAGGUGCGGAGAUUUCCACUGUUAAUCCAGAACAGUAUUCUAAGCGCUUCUUGGACUUUAUUAACAACAUCCUGACGUAACGUCUUCUGACAUCAAGAGGGGACGAGACAUUGAUGCAAUAUGGGUGGAAAGACAGACAGACCGUGCUGUAACGUACGCUCACCAUGCAAAGACCCCCUGGCGACUUGCAUCUUCUGGCAAAGAUGACGUGUGUGGGGAGAUUACUAAUAUCCGUCGCUUCCUGGCAUAGUCCUAGUUAUUUUUUACUUUUUUUCAUGUUUUAAUCGAAGAAGGAAAUUUGAAUCCGCUUUACAAAGUUGCACAAAUGCAAAAAAAAAAAUAUAUAUAUAUAUAUAUAUAAUAAACAGACGCAAGCCACGUAAAUCAAGGGAUGGAGAGUACGGAAGCUACCAGUGAAAGGUGCAUGUGAAGUCGAUAUGAAGCCGUAAACUGUAGAUCAGUUUAUUUUAUUUUUAUUAGUUUUUUUUUUUUUUAUUAGGUUGUUGAGUCAGUAUUCAUUGCAGAUAAUACUAAAGGAAAGAGAGAAGAUCUGCAAAACAUCACCGGGGCACAUGCAGGAACCUUGGUGGCGGAGUCAUGAGAUUCGGGAUGGGAGCUAAUGUUUUCUUCACAGACGAGACUGUCUUUUGGGAGCGUCGAUGCCAUAAUGACCGUUUACAUGAGUCUUGACACUUUUGCCACAAUUAUCCGCACUUCACGUUAACAGGGAUUGCAUUGUCAUUUUUUCGGAAGUGUCGCCGUAUCCAUCCACUUAAAUGUUACCGAGAACCUAUUUGCUUGCAUAGUUUUAGACACGUACCAGUAACCUGUUGACUCUUCUAUAGCUUUCAAACAGGCGAGACCAUCCUGGAGAUCGAUGAGAACAACCGUUUACAUUUGUAACGCAAGGGCAUUUCACUUCAUGUUCUCCGUCUCUGAUAUUCAUGUCUGUAUCCAGUACGUUCAGUAGACUUUUUCAAUUUAUGUGUUACGAAAAAAAUACAGCAUCGAACAAUGAAGUGGAUUUGGUGUCCUGGCGAUUUUAAACAUCUUGAUAAGUUUGACAUUUUUGUCCUUUUUAAAGGUUUGCAAGGUCACGGAUCCCAGAUUUCUGUUACAAUAUUACCGGUGAAAAUGAAUAAAACACUUGAAAGCGUAUAAAAAAAAACUUUACCGAGGAC